CCUCCCAGGACAAAGCAUUUGCCAACUGAAGGAAAGGCCUGGGGUUUAUGGUUUCUCUCAGAGCUAAAGGCAGAAACUCUCCAGGGGGACAAGCCAGACCAGGCAACAGUGCAUGUCACUGCAGCAAAACGAGAUUAGCUGAAGAUACUGUUUGCCCAUUACCUUUGAAAAUAACCAUAGAAAAUAACCAAAAAGAGCUCAGGUAUGAGAUAUGCGUGGCCUUCCUUUCCAGUCUUCCCUACACAAUGUUCAUGGUGAAAUUUACAAACAUGAUGGGGAGCGGACACAGAAGCACCGGGUCUUGGAAGCCCUGCAGUUGAACCCUCCAGCACAUACCGCUAAGAAAGUCUUGACCUGCCGACUCUGGAGGCUUCCUUCUCUCUUUGUAGGAUGGACAAGGAGUCACUGGAUGGGCUGCUCUUCAAAGACCAUGACUUCUCUUCUGAUUUGUUGAGGCAGCUCAACAGCUUAAGGCAUAGCAGGAUUCUGACUGACGUGAUCAUCUGUGCCGGUGCCUGGGAGAUCCCCUGCCACCGCAACGUGCUGGCCUCCAGCAGCCCCUACUUCAGGGCUAUGUUCUGCAGCAGCUUCCGGGAGAAGAGUGAAUCCAAAGUGCAGCUGAAAGGUAUUGACUCCCCAACCCUGGACCAGAUUGUCUCCUACGUGUACACGGGGGAAGUGCGCAUCACUGCGGACAAUGUCCUCCACAUGAUGGAGGCCGCCUCCAUGCUACAGUUCCCAAAGCUGUUUGAGGCCUGCUCCUCAUACUUGCAGAGCCAGCUGGCCCCCAGCAACUGCCUGGGCAUGAUCAGACUCUCAGAAAUCUUAAGCUGCGAGACCCUCAAAAAGAAAGCCAGGGAAGUGGCACUGACAUCCUUCCCAGAGGUGGCCACAUCGGCUGACCUGAAGGAGCUCUGUGCCUUGGAGUUGAGAGACUAUCUCGGAGAUGAUGGGCUCUGUGGGGAGGAGGAAAAGGUGUUUGAGGCUCUCAUGGUUUGGAUUAAGCAUGACCUCCAGGCCCGGAAGCGGUACAUGCAGGAACUGUUCAAGCAGGUCAGGCUGCAGUAUAUCCACCCGGCCUUCUUCCACCACUUCAUCGCCAAUGAUGCCCUCCUGCAGUCAUCACCUGCAUGCCAGAUCAUCUUGGAGACUGCCAAGAGACAGAUGUUCUCUUUGUGUGGCACUAAUGCCCCAGACUGCAAACCCCUGUUGCAUGUCCCUCCAAGAAACUCUUACCAAGAUUUCCUCAUCCUCUUGGGUGGAAGGAAGGACAGCCAGCAGACCACCAGGGAUGUCUUACUGUACAGCAGACAGACCGGCCAAUGGCAGAGCCUUGCCAAACUCCCGACCCGGCUGUACAAGGCCUCUGCCGUCACCUUGCACCGCAGCAUCUACGUGCUGGGGGGCAUGGCUGUCAGCUCAGGGAGGAGUCUGGUCAGUCACAAUGUCUACAUCUUCUCCCUGAAACUCAAUCAGUGGAGGUUGGGGGAGCCCAUGCUGGUGGCCCGCUACUCCCACAGAAGCACCACCCAUAAGAACUUCAUCUUCUCCAUCGGGGGGACUGGAGAAGGGCAGGAGCUCAUGGGCUCCAUGGAAAGGUAUGACAGCAUUUGCAAUGUCUGGGAGAGUAUGGCCAGCAUGCCCGUGGGUGUGCUCCACCCUGCAGUCGCUGUGAAAGACCAAAGACUCUAUCUCUUUGGAGGAGAGGACAUCAUGCAGAACCCUGUGCGCCUUAUCCAGGUCUAUCACAUUUCCAGAAACUCGUGGUUCAAAAUGGAGACAAGAAUGAUCAAGAACGUGUGUGCCCCUGCAGUGGUGCUUGGGGAGCGGAUUGUCAUUGUGGGAGGUUACACAAGGAGGAUUCUUGCUUAUGACCCUCAAACCAACAAAUUUGUAAAAUGUGCGGACAUGAAAGACCGGAGGAUGCACCACGGGGCCACGGUGAUGGGAAACAAGCUCUAUGUGACGGGCGGGCGGCGCCUGACCACGGACUGCAACAUUGAGGACUCCGCCUCAUUUGACUGCUAUGACCCUGAGACGGACACCUGGACAUCCCAGGGGCAGCUGCCGCACAAGCUCUUUGACCACGCCUGCCUCACUCUCCAGUGCAUACCCUGCACAUCUGCCCUCCCAUGAGGUCAGGAAGAAACCUGCUGUCCUACUCAAGAUGCCUUUUGUUGCAAGGGAUACAAACCCAGCUCCAAAGGGCUUAACCCUAAGAGGCUGCAGGGAGAGCUCACAAGCCUGAGGUACCAGUCAGGAGGCCUGGAACUUGGCAUAGCAUUGCCAGAACCCUCUCUCUCCUUCCCUCCCUCUCUCGCUGUCUCUCUCCCCGACCUCCAUCUGUCUCCUUUAUCAGUCUCUGUGUCUCCCCAUUCUCUCGCUCUCUCCUCACCCCAUCUCUGUCUUUUUUUUUUUUUUUUUUUUGAGAUGAAGUUUCACUCUGUAGCCCAGGCUGGAGUGCAGUAAUGCGAUCUCAGCUCACUGCAACCCCCACCUUCCAGGUUCGAGAGAUUCUCACUCCUCGGCCUCCCAAGUACUGGGAUUACAGGUGUGAGCCACCAUGCCUGGCAUGUCUCCUUUCUGUCUCAGUUUCUCUGUCUCUCUUCUCUCUGAGUCUGUCUCUGUAUCCCCCUCUCUGUUUCUCUCUCUCUCUCUCUCUCUCUCUCCCUCCCUCUCUCUCUCUCUCUCUCAGUCUCCCCUCUCUCUUCCUCUCUCUCCUCCCGAGAUUUUCCUCUCUUUCUACCUCAUCUCUAUUAGGCUUCCUUCUCCAGCAAGCUUCUUUAUUUACCCACACAGUAUGGGGACAAUGGCAACUGAUAAACCCAGACUCAUUUUCUAGCUUUACAUCUUCAGGAGACAACUUUGCCAUUACCCAUAUAUUAAACCUAAAGAACAAUGCUUAUGGGCCUUUCUUGAAUUCCAUGCCUACCCGUUGAGCCAAUCACUGUUGCCAGGACUGGCUAGUCCUGGACCAUAUCCCCACAGACAGAGGUGGGGUUACCUGUUGUGAUUGACAGCCAUUCCAAACUGUAUGUGAUGGAUUCAAAGCAUUUCCCCAAAGGGAGAAAUCUAGACAAAAACCACAUCUGCCCAGGACACCACUGAAAUCUGGAACAAGAGGGCUGAGACCCCAGAGGAUUCCUGGACAUGCUUGGUCCAGGUGGCAACAUGAGAAAUUGGCCCUGACCUUGUUUUUCUGCAUUAUAUGGAUGUAGUACAUCGAAAUUCCAGAGACGUCUGCACAAUUCAGUAUCUAAUGUUUGUAAAAUUAUUCUGCACUGCCAGAAUAAAGUUUGUUUCUGGUGCCAAAUGAUGUUUUUCUGCAGCCUCUGGGGAGCUAUAAACCUGCAUAAUUAAUCAGGAUGUUCAUUUCGGUCAGUGUUAUAAGGAUUGUUCUUCUGGGGAAAGUCAACAAAUUCUCUCAGUGCUUACAGCAGUCAUUGCCCUCAGAUGCCAAGGCUGACUAUCUCUAUAGCCCCCGUUAUCUGGAGGUGCCUCCCACACUGGCUCAGUCCCAAACUCAGGAAUCAGCCGAAGUAGAGAACAGCGCUUCUCGGCACUGCCUGCAUAACACCGUCAUCUGAAAACGGGGCCAGCCCCAUUUGAGAAAAAUGACCAGGGAUGCUUUGCGGGGUUGGGGGGGGGGCCAGACACUGUAUUUUUUGAAAAGCUUCCCAGAUGACUGAAAUGUGUAGUCAGGGUCGAGAACCACUGCCCUGCCCAGCUGUGGGCAUGGAAGACCUCCAUGGCUUGUUCCAUUCCCCUCCUGUCCUGGGCUAGCCUGUCCAAGCCCAGUGAUGUAGGCUAAGUCCUCUCCCCAUCAAUUCUGCAAUCAGUCUCGCUGCCCUGGGCCUGGCACCAGAGUUUACUCCAAGCUGUGGCCUUCCUCCCCAUCUGGCUCUCCAGGUUGAUGUUCUAGACUUUUCCUUCAUUCUAAGUUGUCUUUUGUGUACUUCGGAUUCUCCUGCUAGGGUCUGAAGCUCUGCUCUGCUCCCCAGAUCACUUGGCUGAGGUCAGAGAGACCCCCUGCCUGGAUUGCCAGCCCUGCUCCUCAGCCUGAACACUGUCCCCAUAGCUGCUGGCUGGCAUCUUGUUCUAACCUAGUGUCUUUGAACUCCCUCUCUUCAGGCUUUCAGUCCCACCUCUGUUAAAUCACAGGAGAGCUGAUUGUUUAAAAGGGCAUGGCACCCCUCCCCUCUCUCUUGCUCCCUCUCAUGUGAAAUCUGGCUCUCUAAUAUGGUUUGGCUGUGUCCCCACCCAAAUCUCAUCUUGAAUUGUAGCUCCCAUAAUUCCCAUGUGUUGUGAGAGGAACCUGGUGGGAAAUAAUUGGAUCAUGGGUUGGUUUCCCUCAUACUGUUCUGAACAUAGUAAGUCUCAUGAGCUCUGAUAGUUUUAUAAAGCGUUUCCCUUUGCACUUGGCUCUCACUCUUCCUUGUCUGUCACCAUGUAAGACGUGCCUGUCAGUCUUCCGUCCUGAUUGUGAGGCCUCCCCAGCCCCCACAUGGAACUGUGAGUCUACUAAACCUCUUUUUCUUUAUAAAUUACCAAGUCUUGGGUGUGUCUUUAACAGCAGCAUGAAAAACUCUCCUUUCCCUUCCGCCAUGAGUGGAAGCAG